CUGUCAUAUGACUCGUGUUUGACAGCUUCAGCGCUUCUUCACGGUUGUGUAGUGCGAGCAGACCCGCAGUCCGACAGCUCUGUGUCCAGUGUCCAGUAACAUGGCUCACACCCGCACACACUCUUGUCUGCUGUUAGUUGUCGUCAGUGUGUGUGUGCAGCGGGUGGACGGAGUCUGGCCGCUCCCGCAGCAGCUCGUUCAGUCCUCGGACAGAGACCCUCUGAGUCCGCUGCGGUUCUCCUUCACCUACGGGACGGACUCGGCCGCGCACACCGGCUGCUCCGUCCUGGACGCCGCUUUCAACAGAUACUUCUCCAUCAUAUUCCCCGACUUCACCACAGGAUCAGAAAAUGUGCUUCAGUACAUGUGGCCGGAGCCUCAACCCUUUGUCGUGUUGGUGAGCGUCAAAACCAGAGGAUGUGACGGCUACCCUGACGAAGAUUCAGACGAGAGCUAUACGCUGAGUGUGUCAGAGGGCCAGGCUGUGCUGAGAUCAGUGACUGUGUGGGGCGCUUUGAGAGGUCUGGAGUCCUUCAGUCAGCUUGUGUACCAGGACGAUUAUGGCUCUUAUUUUAUCAACAAGACGGAGAUUGUAGACUUCCCACGUUUUGCAUUCAGGGGACUUUUACUGGACACUUCAAGGCAUUAUUUACCCCUUCAUGCUAUUUUGAAGACCCUGGAUGCUAUGGCCUACAGUAAAUUUAACGUCUUUCACUGGCAUAUCGUGGAUGAUCCUUCUUUCCCGUAUCAGAGCCGCACUUUUCCUGACCUCAGCAAGAAGGGAUCUUUUCAUCCGUUCACUCACAUCUACACACAGUCAGAUGUGAUGAGGGUGAUAGAACAUGCCAGAAUGAGAGGCAUUCGAGUCGUUCCUGAGUUUGACUCUCCUGGACACACUCAGUCAUGGGGGAAAGGACAGCCAGGCCUCUUGACUCCCUGUUACAAGGGGGGUGUUCCCUCUGGUUCAUUCGGACCUGUCGAUCCGACGGUAGACUCCACUUAUAAGUUCAUGGAAAGCCUCUUGAAGGAGGUGAAGUUUGUCUUUCCUGACACUUACGUCCAUUUAGGAGGAGAUGAGGUCAGUUUUUCCUGCUGGCAGUCGAAUCCCAAUGUGCGGAAGUUUAUGGAAAAGAUGGGCUUUGGAAAGGAUUUUACCAAACUGGAAUCAUUCUAUAUGGAGAGUAUAAUGAACAUGACCGCCGCUCUCAACAGGACCUCCAUAGUUUGGCAGGACGUGUUUGACUACCACGAGCGAAUUCCACAGGACACGGUUCUGGAGAUCUGGAAGGGUGCACAUUACCAGGCUGAACUGAGCAGGAUGACCCAGGCUGGGCACAGGGUCCUGCUCUCUGCCCCCUGGUACAUCAACCACAUCAGCUACGGCCAGGACUGGCGUAACUCCUACGCAGUGCAGCCCCAGAAUUUCUCCGGGACUGAAGAGCAGAAGAAGUUGGUGAUUGGUGGAGAGGUGGCCAUGUGGGGUGAAUAUGUCGACGCCACCAAUCUGACCCCACGCCUCUGGCCGAGAGCCUGUGCUGCAGCGGAGAGGUUGUGGAGCAAUGAAGAAAAAACCCUGAACGCAGAUCUGGCCUUCCCUCGCCUGGAAGAGUUUCGCUGUGAACUAUUAAGGCGGGGUGUUCAAGCGGAGCCGCUGUUUGUUGGUCAAUGUAAACAUGAGUAUGAUGGCCUGUAAGUCCACUUAAUUAAGAGCGAUGUGCUUAUGCACUGCGAUAUUGCAUUGGAAUUUGCACAAUAAUGUCUCUAUAUUUUUUUUAAUUCAAACAAUUUUUAAUAAUCAUGUAAACUGACUUUUACGAAAGAAAAUGUGAAAUUUAUUAAUAAAAAUCUAUUCAAGAAU